AUGAAAUCACAAUCAGCAUCAAUAAACAAUAAAAACAGUAACCACCAAACUGAUCAAAUAUUUUCACCGUUUCCAAAAGAAGAUGAACCAAUUUUUAAUUAUAGUUUAGUUGAAGCAUUAGGAAACCAAAAUGAAUCAGAAAAAUUAACAGAAAUAAGUUCAAAAGUUUCAAGUAAUGAAAGAUUAACGAAAGAAGAGAUUAAAAAUAUAUUAUGUCCCAAUGGAAGUUAUUUAACAGAAAUGGAGAUUGAUUUUUUUAGAAAUAAAAUUAGUCAAUUAAUUAAUCAAAGAGAACAAAAAGAUGGAUUUACUUUAUAUGAUACUAAAGAUGAAGAAGAAGAAGAAGAAGAAGAAGAAGAAGAAGAAGAUGGAUUAAAUGAAUCGCAAAAUGAUUAUGAUAUUGAUGAAAUUGAAGAUGAUGAAAAUUAUGCUUUUGAUAUACCUCCAACUCAUCAUAUUGAAGUUGAAUUAAAUACGAGUGAAAAUUGUGAAAUUCAUGAUAAUCAAUGUUGUGAUUGUCCUUUAUAUUCUGAUGAAUAUGAAGAAGAAAAGGAUGAAGAGGAUGAGGAUGAGGAUGAGGAUGAUGAUGAUGAUGAAGAUUUAGAUGAUGAAGAUUUAGAUGAUGAAGAUUAUGAAGAUCAUGAAUUUACAGAAGGUCCAUCUUGUGAAUUUACAUUUGAAUAUGAUUCUUCCGGAAAACUAAUACCAACAUAUAAUAAUAUUGAAGAAAAGAUUAGAUUAAUGAAAUUAGAAGCUAAAAUGAGUCAUGAACAUCUGAAUCAUAGAUUUCAAACUCAUGAAGUAUUACGAAAUAACCAUAAUAAAAAGAAAAUGAAACUACCUACAACUAAUGAAACAUCAACACCACCACCAAUACAAGACAAUAUAUCAAAAUCAAAAUCAAAAUCAAAAAAGAAGAGAAGAAAGAGAAUUCCUAAAAAAAUUAAUGUUUUAGAUGAUUUAAAAUCGAUGCAAGGUGAAUUAACUACGAAUUUAAAUAAAAAUAAAGUUUGGUCACCUCCAAAUGAAUUUUAUGGAUUUAUACCAAGUAAUCAAUGUUGUUUAAUUUGUCAAUAUGAAGCUAUUUUUGGUGAUAAACCUUAUCAAAUGUUGAAAAAAAUAUAUAGAGAAGAAAAGAGAAGACAAGAAUUUAAAAAGAAGUUACAAUCUGCAAAAUCAAAAGCUUUAAGAAAGCAAAAGGAAAAUAGACAAAAGAGUCAAAAACAAGCACAACAAAAUCAGCAGCAGCAACAACAACAACAACAACAACAACAACAACAGCAAAAUUCACAAGUACAACAAGCACAACAAACACAACAAAAUGGAAAAGUUUCACAACCAGCUCCACCUCAACAACAAAACGGACAUAUUCAAAAUCAAAAUCAAACUCAACAACAACAACAACAACAACAACAACAACAACCUCCUCAAACUCGUUAA